UUGACCUUCGAUGAAUUCAAAAUCGGUCGAUAUGAAGCAUCCGCCCUAGACGGCUGUCCAGAUGGAUACAUGCAGCUCAGCGAAUUGGGGCGUCCUUUCACUGGAGGUUCUUGGUGUGGCUCCUCAUCGGGUCCAGCUGCCUAUUAUAGUGAAACAUCAACGGUAACAGUGAGCGUAAAACUUUUCGGUUCCCCACAAAUACCAUUCGCAUUCAGCCUUCGUUAUCGAUUCGUUUCCAAGAGAGAAGCUAUAGUUCGUUUCGGUUCUCCUAGUUCUCCUCUGGAACGUGGACAAGUUGCUCCAGGUACCUACUGCAGUAGACAAUUCGAAGAAUGUUAUAGGAAACCAUGUCGCCUUCAGUCGCCGAACUAUCCUGGAAUGUAUCCGAGGAAUGUGUCCUGCUAUUGGAGUUUGAGGCAGAAAUUCGUACCCACCUGCAAACAUGCCAUGAUCGCUGUACGUCAGGAAGCUGCUCACAAAAUGCAUAUGAAGAGAUCAAUCAAUGUAGCUGGACUGAAUAAAACUUCCAGAGCGCUACGAGCAUGGAGAGAUUGUACAGGAGAAAGAGAUCAUUUGAUUUUCUACGAUGGUGGCUCCACCAAUGAUCCAGUACUGGCAAAAUACUGUGGAGGAGACUGGCUCCCCAGGGUGGUAGCACGUGGACCAGAGAUGCUUGUAGCUUUCCAUUCAUCCCCAUUCAGCAUACCCCUUCACUCUCCAACGUUUCAUUCACCUCUCAGAGGUUUUGAGCUAGACGUCGAUGUAAUUUUUGCAGAUUCUGACUCAAUGGAUUAUUCCAGACAUAAAAUAAAGUGUGAAUUUGAUAUAAAUGCAACUAGUCCAGAUGGCGACGAAAUUUGGAGUGGUAGAGGCAGAAACGGUAGACUCAUCAGUCCUAAACACUCAUUACCUCCGAAUACAACAUGUUCUUACAAAUUCAGAGGUUACCCUGGCGACUUAGUUUGGAUAAGUUUCAUAUCAUACAGUCAAAGAGCUUUGUUAGUAGGAGAAAGUGCUCAUGCUCUCCUCAGCAAUGGUUCCUCCGGCAAUGGUUGUUCCACUAGAUUGAGAAUAUGGGAUGGAAAUACGAUUAUAGAAGACAAAUGUGAUGAAUCUCCGAAACUCUGUGAUCAUACCGCAUUGAGUAACUCAACAAGAUUCACUAGGCCUUGUUCUGGUGAUGAAAGCUAUCUUUCGUCUGAAAAAACUCUAGUUGUCCAACAUCAUACUGAAGACGGUACCGCCUUACACCCAGCUUCAUUCAAAAUGAAAUAUGAGUUUGUGGAUACUAGACUGGGGGGUCAGCCUUGGCCAGAGAACGAAGAAGGAGGUAUUUGUUACCGUGUUUUUCGACGCCAACACGUCGGUGAAGUGACCGCACCUCGGAAUAUUUUUUUAUAUGGGCGGGGAGGUGCGAAAAACUUAGAUUGUGUAUACAGAUUCGAAGCCGGCUUAGAUGAAAGAGUUCGGCUCAUUUUGAACAACGCAUCUUUUGGCCUAAAUCCAACGUGUGAAACUCUCAAUGAUCCUCACACAGGAAGGCAGAUAUGUGAAUAUUUUCCAGGAAGCCGUAUCUCAGAACUAAACGUUUUUGAGCGACCCUGGAAAGAUAUUCGUACGCACAAAGCUUGCAUUUGUGAUAAUUCCACACUUUCCAGUAAACCUAUUGUGUUCAUUUCAUCUUCGAGAACACUAGAACUUCAAUUCACUGCCAAAGAGAUGAAUAUCAGCGAAGACUUUACAAUACUACAUUUUCACGUACUAUUUGAACUCAUCAAAAUGUCGGACUGUCCAAGGAAUCAAAGACUGGGAGGUUAUGGAGGAGAAGUUCAUUUCAAUAAUCCUCCAGUCGACCGAACUGAAAAUUUAUGUUUGGGUAUGCCAUGGGUAGUGGAAGCAAGAUAUAACAUGAGUUUGUUUCUACUCAGUUGGGGAGCAUUUCUUCCAUUGAAACCUCGCAUAGAUGAGCCUACUCGUUGUCCAACAACAAAUCGGGUACUCAUUUAUUCAGGACGACCUCCCAAAUUGGUACGAGUGGUAUGUCCUGCAGAACCUGGAUCUCGUCCGUUAGCAGUGCAUGUAUUCAGUGAGGAAUGGUGGGGUGAAGCUUUAGCUCACAUUGUGCAACGUCCCCCAAAUUUUCUUAUAGAAUGGAUAGGCUCCGAAACAGGAGUAGCAGCAUUUCACUGGCUCGAAAUUUCCAGAUCAAGAUCUGCACUACUUCAACAGUUGCAAGUUCCAGUAAACACCACCGGAAAUGAAACGGACUUAGAGUGCGCGUUCAAAUGCCCCGAGUUAGAUGCGUGUAUUAGUGCUUCGUUGUGGUGUGAUGGAAAGGAUCACUGUCCAUCAGGUUGGGAUGAGUCGGAAGCGCAGUGCGGUGCAACUUCAAAAUUGUUAAAUUCAUUGCCACUGUCGGCCCUCGCAGCAGCAGCCGCAGUGAUCUCUUCCAUCAUCCUCCUUGUCUGCCUGACCUUACACCGACUGCGUGCUAGGCGUCGAAGGAGGCUGGCAAAGAAGAAGUUGCUCACAGGUCCGAGGCUAUUGGAUCCGAGUUUAAAUUCUUGACAUAAGUCGCCGCCUGUGGAAUUUAUACAUGUGGAUCGGGAAACAACCGUAUGAGGUCUGGUGUUUACCGGUUUUUCCGUCCCUAUGCUCAUUUUUUAUCUACCGGUGCCUUUCUGUGAUUUACAAUGGUUUUGCGUGGCGUCUUCACAUUUAAACCAAACUUAGGUGUUUCUAUCUUGAAUAAAUAUAAAGUUCACCAAUGUUGUUGUGAAGUGCUAUUGGAACGAGUAAUUUCUGUAGCAGCAGAAACACUUCUUCGCUCACUAGAACCGUACUUAAUCCAGUUGAUAGUUUAUUUUCAAUUAACUUACUGUUUGCAGAAUUUUAUUCAAAAACGUCAUAUGCCAAAAACCAUUUUUUCAAUUGUCUAAUUACAAAACUUCGAUUCAACAGAGAUAAAUGUUUGCUCAAAAUGGAUCAAAAUAUUUUGUUACUGUUAUCAACCACUCAAUUCACUAACAGAAAAUCAUUAAAAUGUCCACAUGCUGUGAAAAAAUUUCGAGUAUCAAAUAAACUAGAAAAUACCAAUAGAAAAUGUAGAUUUUUUUACUGUUGAAAUGUUACUAAUGAACGAAACCUAAUUUGUUUCGGAUGUAACCAAAGUUUCCGCCCGUUCUGCUCUUUUUUUUCAGUCACCUCAUUGCCGACUAUUUAAAUUCAGUUUUCUCUCGGCUGAUCAGUACUAUUAUUGUUGACAUUAACGAUUCAUUCGCUUCUGAACAAAAAUACGCUACAAAAUUCUGUUAAUGUAUAGUUAAAAAUUAUAUCGUUCACUAUUACAUUAAGAAUGACAUACCAAUGAGCAAUGAAUCGUUAUAUUGGGUAUUCACGUUAUAUUCAGUAUACGCAGAUGUUCAAAAAUAAGGAGAACAGUAAAAAACGAAAUGAAGUUCACCCAAAUUGUUUUCAAUGAUAUCAGCUAUCAAAAAAAUCAUCGAUUUGCUUAGUUGAAAAAUCAAACCGCGCAAAUAUUCACAAAAAUAUUGUAGACUCUUGUCAAUUUUCAUAAUUGUGUGCGUAAGAUUCAGUCCUAGUAUCAAAUGAUACUUGAAAUCGCACAUUGAAAGGUAAGACGUCGUUAAUCCUCAACUCGCACAAUAUUUUACUUCUGAAGGUUCUCGUUUGUAGGGGAACGACUGGUGGUUGAAGAAAUUCUUGAGGCUCAGUAUGGAGUCUUCAGUCUUCAGUCUAGGUCAAUAUUCAAGACUAACAGAUUGAGAGCUCUGAUCGUCAUGAAGAUAUUAUUCAAAUUUUUGGGUAGGUUUUAAUCACCAAUUCUUCAUAUUUAGAUGUUACAUUCCUCCUCCGUUUGUUUAUUUCGGUACCUAUUACCCUGAGCACCUAAUUUACCAUUACUUCGACUUCUCCAUUCGAAGUCUGGUGAAAAUACAACAUGUUGAUCAGAAUAAGGUUUCCAGAACCAGUUGAGGCAUUCGUUGAAUAUUUUUUAAUUCCAUGCGAUACAGUAUCACCAAAGAUGAACUCAUCCUCAUAUUUUACUUACAGCUCUUUGAUUUUCGAGUUGAAAACCUACGUACCACAAAACAAUGCUUGCCUUCAUAAGAUUGGAGUCGUUUCUUCAUGGGGAACUGCAAUUUCAUCCAAAUAGUCUUAUAAACGACAUGACUUGUACUUUGAUGUAUUAUCUCAAGAUUUUGAGCUCAUACAAUUCGCUUUCAGGCAUUCGAGAGUCACUCAUAGAGAGAAGGAGGCUAAGGGUAUAAACAUUCUUGAAAUGAACGAUUGAUUUUAUUGCUAUAAUUGACUCAUUUUUCUCGAAUAUUCUACAUUUGUUAUCCUAAUGUAACACCUCAUUUCCAUCUCUGCUUGCAUUUUCUUGAAAAUUUUGGAAUCCAUACAAUGAGACAUUUUGGUUAUCGAAAUUCUUUCAAAAUUCAUUUGAUCAAAGAUCUUUUUUCAUCUUUCAAUCCAGAAACUGGAUGGACUAUUUGGCAGUGACGAGUGAAAGUACCAAAUGAGAAGUGAAUCAAAUUAUUUUCGAAACAAAAUCACUUUUGUAUCCAAUAUAACUACAGAUUUGGAUGGUUUUUGGCUCUUAACAAACAUACGAUUUUGAUCAAAACCAACAUCUUGUAAUAUGGUCUCAGUCUUUCAUAAAUAUUCAUCAUCAAUAAUCUCCGACUAUCAUUAAAAAUACUGCCAAAAUAGUACAUAGUCUAGUUUUCACCAGCCAUCAACGUAAAUUUAAAUAUUCAACUGAUUUGUAUGCUGCAUAUAGAAUUGUAUUAUAUAUAACUAAUAUUUGUUGAAUGUUAAUAAAAAAAAUGUGAAGAUUUCACGCUGAACCAGUGAAUAACUAAUAAAAAACUAAGAGACAAUCGUUCAGUGUGACCCCUGUUUAGUGGUCUUUAAAACUGACUAAACUCCUUAUGGAACUCUGAUCACUAUUUUGAUCAGUUAUGUAGUGAGACAUAAUUUAUUGUACUUAUAACUAGAAA